UUUCUGUACAGUGACCCUGUCAAGAUUUACAUUCAGGCACGUCCUGGCUGGUACUGGGCUUCAUAUGCUGUCUUCUUUGUUACCUAUAUGACCCUGGCCUGCUGCCCUGGACCAAGGAGGUAUUUUCCAUGGAAUCUGAUCCUGCUCGGCAUUUUUACUGGCAGUUUUGCAUGCAUGCUUGGAUUUCUUUCAAGCUUCUACAAUACGAAAUCGGUUCUGCUUUGCUUCACCAUUACGGCACUUGUGUGUUUGGCAGUUACAAUAUUCAGCUUUCAAACCAAGUUUGACUUUACUUCGUGCCAUGGGGUUCUGUUUGUGCUGCUGAUAGUCCUUUGCAUCAGUGGCUUGGUCCUGGCGAUUGUGUUACCAUUUCAGUAUGUUCCUUGGCUUCAUGCUGUGUAUGCAGUGCUUGGCGCAAUCAUUUUUACAAUGGCGAGCGGCUACGACUCAUUCCGGCCGUCGAUUUAUUGGAAGUGUUCCCGGGAGGAAGAGUGGUGGCGCUGGACGUGGGCUGUAACUGUGGGGAUUUCAGCGUUGCCGUGUACAAACAUCUUUAUGAUCUAACGGAAAACCGGAUGUGGAUUUCCCCAGAUAGACUGGACCUGAAGCUACUUGGUUGUGACAUCGAUCCUGACCUGAUUCGAAGAGCCACUGAAUCCAAUUCCUUUCCUGAAUCCAUUUCGUAUGCUACU